UUACCCACCACCAUUCUUAAUCAUAAAUGUGGACCCCACCUCCAUCCUUCAAAUAUAUCCCCAAAAUUAGAUUUCCCAAAAGUUGGUGAAUUAACAACAAUUUAAAUCUCACCUCUCACCCCAUUUUUACUUUUCAGAAACUCCCUCUUUUCCCUUCAUAUUUUAUUUUCAAUUCUUCCUUCAUUCAAUCAUCAACAUUUUCAGAAAAAAAAAAUGGCUACAUCUGUUAAAACUUCAUCAAUAUUUACAUCUCUCAAAAACCAAAAACAACCAAAAAAUUCAUCAUUUCAUGAAAUUAAUCUCUCUUUUCUCGAUAAUUCAUCCCCAAAAAAUAAUUUUCUUAAGCUCUCCUACACAAAAUCAAAGCAUAAUAAUAAAAAUCUCAACCUAGUAACAAAAAACGCCCUCAACACAAACACCCUAGAUACAACAUCCCCCGUGUCGACGAAACCUAAAGAACCUUCAGUUGUAAACAAUGGGACGGGUUUGGUACAGAAGCAAAACCGUCCCAUGAUCCUCGUCUCCGAGAAACUCGGAGAAGCAGGACUCGCGGUUUUACGCGAGUAUGGUGAGGUCGACUGUAUAUACGACCUCACCCCGGAGGAUCUAUGCAAGCAGAUAACAAAAUACGACGCGUUGAUCGUAAGGAGUGGGACGAAGGUGAAUAGAGCGGUAUUCGAGGCGGCGAAAGGGGGGUUGAAGGUGGUGGGAAGAGCAGGGGUUGGGAUUGAUAAUGUGGAUCUUCAAGCAGCGACGGAGCAUGGGAGUUUAGUAGUGAAUGCACCGACGGCUAAUACUAUUGCGGCUGCUGAACAUGGGAUUGCUUUGCUCACUUCUAUGGCUAGGAAUGUUGCUCAGGCUGAUGCUUCCAUGAAAGCUGGAAUAUGGGGAAGGAGCAAGUAUGUAGGUGUGUCUCUGGUUGGGAAGACUUUGGCUGUGAUGGGAUUUGGGAAGGUCGGAUCAGAAGUUGCAAGACGAGCAAAAGGUCUAGGCAUGCACGUUAUUGCUCACGAUCCUUAUGCUCCGGCAGACAGAGCACGUGCAGUUGGUGUUGAGUUGGUUUCCUUU